AUGUCCUCCUCCCGUCUCUCCCCUCUCUCCUCCCGUCUAAAAGGCCCCAUCCUCUCCCUCGACCAGUUCCUAACCCGCCAAAAAGUCCUCACCCUCUACCGCUCAAUCCUGCGUCUCUCAAAACACCUCCCACCCUCCGACGCCGCCUUUGUGCGCGAGUGGGCCCGUUCGGACUUCGAUCGGUACCGGAAUGUGGAUGUCGGGGAUGUGGACCGGAUUAGGAUGUUGUUGAGUCAGGGGAUGGUGCAGUUGAGGACGUUGGAGACGAGUGUUACGUUGGCUAAGAGGGGUGGUGGGAGUUGA